AUAAUAAAGAUGAAAAAUCCAAUCAAACCAAACUAGACGACUACAUUAAGAACAAUUAUCAAAUGUAAUAAUUACAGAUUUCUAAGAUUGACACUGAUGACAACAUACCAACUAGUGAACGACCUAACUUUGUCAUGAGUGCAGUCUAUUGUUCCGUGAAUUCCCUCUCCACUAUUUAUACCCACUGUGACUUGCUGAUUACAGAACAUAAACUGUCUCUUGUGUAAACAGCUGCUCUUAAUCCUACACCCUGAAGAAUGAAUUAUAACCACCGAUGGCUCGAGCGAGAAAGUUAUUUGCAUACAUCCUGCAGAGAAACAGGGUGCCAUUCUUGUAUCGGGCACCAGGGUGGGUGUCUGUGGAGCCAUGCUGGAGCUAUUUGCACACACACACACACAGACAGACACACUUAUUUUGUGUGCUGAGAAGAUCGUGCAACCGACCAGUCUGAACACUGGUUGGAUCUUCAGGUCUGUCUCUUCACAGUUCACUGUUUCGUCUCAGUCUGCUGUAGGUUUCUGACUACAGGCAGACAGACACGUCAGUUACACAAUGUCACCCAGACGUGAUAACCACAAUUUCCUUUGUUGCAUGAAAAAGACAGAUGCAGGUGCAUGCAAACACGAAAGCAGCAGUGAGAUGAGAUGAUGGGACUGGUGACAACAGAAAACUGGAAUGAAAGGCGUUCGCUGCAGUCAUGCUGAAGAACUGGAAAGUUGUGCAACGACCAGAAUAAAAGGCGGAACCUGUUGGAGUCAUCACACCUAGACCUCAACACAGCAAUUAUCAAGCAUCACGGAUAUAUAUAUAUAUAUAUAUACAUAUAUAUUUAUAUAUGUAUUUUUUAAAAACGUAUUUGCUGUUGUUUUCAAUCCAAACAUCUGUGGAGUAGAGGGGGCAGAGGAUGUGGGUGGCGUUGACCCACAGAGGCAGCUCUCAAAUGGACUGGUUUCAGAGUUCAGUCUAAAGGACGGUUGCUUGGAUUUGGACAAGUAUCAGUUCAAUCAUCUGAUUUUUUUUUUUUUGGGAUUUGGCUCUUGACAGGAGGUCAUUUACUUUGUUUACUUCUGACAAUGGACUUGUCCGUCCUCCCUCCUCCUGGGAACGAGGGCACGGGGCGGACAGAGCCACGCUUCACUGUCCGCUCGGCUAACUCCCCUUCAUAUGCUCUCACCCGCAGACCAGGUAUUAAAAAAAGGAGUCUCUCAGACCAAAAGAGGGAGGAUGCCAAAGAUGUUGGACAAAGAUUAACAUAUGGGACAAACACAAGUUGGACAAACAGGGAUGAGAAUGGAAUUGCAAAAUAUCAGACCAGGAUUGGUGGUUUCAGCAAUGUCAGAGGUCAACAUGAGGAGCAUGAGAUUUCCUCUAAACUUACACACAACGGUACCGAACACAAGCUGAUCUCAGAGACAGAAAGAAAGACAGAGUCUGGAAACGACAGCAGGGGCAGGACGGAGUGGAGGAGACACACUCUGAGCAGUAGAAGUAAGAGUUUGGACUGUAGGACAGGGGAGAGUCCAGGUCACGGCAGAAGAGAUGACACAUUGUCAACCACUUCAGGACCGAGCGUCAACAGCUUUGAUGAAAAAAGAACAGGACUUGAGACUGUGAAGACCAGGGUGACGUCCUCUGUGCACGUCUACAGUUCUGCAGGUAGAACUGGUGUUCAAGAGAAAAGCCCAGUCAGUGACCUGGGUGCCCUGAGCUGGGGUAAUUCCCUCCCUUCCAGGAUCAAGUCCCAGUCUAGGUCCACAGAGACAUUUCUGUCCUUGGGUCCAGCUGGAGGUCAGAGUAUCCUGGAGCGGAUAGAGAAACUCUAUGGAUCUGCUGGUUUUGGUAAAGCUAAUGAAUACAGCAGAUUCAGAGACCCCUCCACUUCACCAGACUCCCCCGUUUCACCACAACUCAGGUCGUAUGAGUAUGGAACUUUUCCACGACGUUUCUCAGGAGAGAAACACUCCUACAGCCCGGUGCCUAGCACGACCACGUGGUCACCACAGAAGGAUACUUUGAGUCCAGAAAGUUCAUUUUCCACAGAGGGAACCAGAAGACCAUGGCAGGGGAAGGUGCAGGGUAGAGUUUCAGAGGAAAUGUCCCCAGGGACGGGGUUGGCGGACAUAGGCACCAGGUCUUUGGACAGAGCCAGGAGCCGGAACUCUGUAGCUGCUCAGAUAAGAUCUGCCAGAGCUUCAGGAGGCUUUAAUGUUCCUCAAGACGUUCCAACAACUUUCAGCACGAACCGGAGCACUUAUCAGGUGACUCUCUGGAGAGACAAGGGAGAGACCAAUGGACCAAAAGAAACGAGUUACGGUUCAAAGGAACCAACCCCAGUGAGGAGUCUCAGCACAGACGAGGACGUAUUUGAAUUAUACACAGGAAAAAACACAUUGAAAACAACAGACAGAAAGGAUCGGACUGGUUUCUCCUCCGCAGCCAGUGUGAGAAACAAGAUCAAUCAGUUUGAAGCUCUGUCACAGAAAUCUCAGAGUUUGGCGACAGGACAGCAGCAGCUGCCCAGAAGAGCCUUCUCGGUGCCAGCACAGCACAGCGUGGACCAUGACGGAGUGAGGAAAAGUGGGUCAGCCAAGGAAAUAAGCAGCUUUAGAGACAAGUGGGAGGGAUUGAAAGAGGAAGGGAAGGUGAAGAGCACAGGUGAAGAGGAGGUGCUACGAGCCAAGAGGAAGCUCCUGUUGGACAGGUUCAUAUCAGAAGACAUGGUCAGACCAUGGAGGACAGAAAGGGAGACGAACGACUUGGUUGUGAAAGAUAAAAAAGUUCAGAUUCCUGAAGAGUUGGGUCAGAAUUCCAGAUUUAUGACCACACUUGAAAUUCCUCUGAACAGAGAAACUAUGAGACAACAGAACAGCUUUCACUUCGAUGAGACGGAUUUCUCCAAAGUCUCCAGCCCUGAAGAAUCCGGUCUGAAACACUUAGGAGCCACAGAUAUGCCAUCAAAUGAGACGCCCUCUGGUGGACAUAAGCUGACAAUGACCUCCUCUAUAGGUGAUGAAGAUGAGACUCCAACCAACACUCCCAACAACUCACCCUUCCAUUCACCUACAGCUGAAAAGUCCUUUCCCAGGACAGAUCCAUGUGACAGAGAUUCUGUCUGCACACCAGUCAGAACUCCUGAACCAGACUCCACACCUCCCCCUCACCCUGUGUCCUCCUCACCCUACAACAACCUCCCUGAUCCCAUCUCUCUUGGUGACAGCGGUGUGCACCAGAAGAAGAAGAAACAAGCUCUGGACCUCAAUGCCUGGGUUUCCGGCCUCAACUCGGCCUUUAUGGUCUGGAAUGCCGGUGGCAACGAUGUGGAAGAUGACGAUGACGAUGAAGGUACGCAGAAGGAUGAAGAUUCCCCCUACGAUUCUGACUCGGGAGAGUCUUCCGUGACCAUCACCAGUAACAUGAGCCAGUCGGAUCGAAAGAGCUUCAGCCUCAGUCUGUCAGACCUGUGUAACUUUGCGGGAAUUGAGAACGAGUCUGAAAACGACAGUGACGAAUGGCAGUCGACGGGCGGACGGUCGGCCUCCCUGAGCUCCGACGUGUCUGCGCUUUCCUACGUGUCAGUGAUGCCCACGGAAGAGCUGGACAAGCUGCUGCAGGACGUCAAGAACCUGGGGGAGAGUCAGCAGGACUAUGAUGCUGUGCAAGUGGUUGUUCUUCACAAGGAGAUGGGAGUGGGUCUGGGCUUCAGUGUGGCAGGAGGUGUCGACCAGAACAAACCAGUCACUGUCCAUAAGGUGUUUCACUCCGGCGUAGCCGCUCAGGAAGGCUCCAUUAGACAAGGAGACCGUGUGUUGUCCAUCAACGGCACAGCACUGUCUGGCUUUGCUCACUGGGAGGUUUUAAGAGUGCUGAGGAGAGCCAAGACUCGGGAGAUGGGAGUGGUUGUCGUGAGGAGGGGAGAUGCUGGUGAUGCUACGAAGAGUGGAGUAAAAACAUGUAUUCAGGCACCAACGCAAACUCCUCAGUUCACCGAGGCGGGUUGGGACAUGUGUGUGCGACUGGAGAAGAAUGACAGAGAUCUGGGCUUCAGUCUGGAGGGGGGUGUGGGCUCCAGUCUGGGGAACAGACCCCUCAGUGUACAGAAGGUUUUUCAGGGAGGUCCAGUUGAUAAGGUGCGUCCUGGUGAUGAGAUCCUAGAGAUCGAAGGUGUUAGCAUGCUGGGGAUGAGGCGUCUGGAGGCCUGGAGUUUCAUCAGGAGGCUCCCUACAGGACCGGUGGACGUGAUUCUACGGCGGCUUCUGAAAAUCAGUAAACAUGAAGAUUAAGGACGUUUGUUGCCAACGACAUAUAUUUUUUUACACAGUGAUGAAGAACAAAAGAACAAAAAAAACCAAUGGCACCAAUAUGUUGUAUCUACUCUGCAUAUGAGUAAG